AUGGCCAACAACACCACCACUCUCUCAGGACCGCCCUACGGCCCCAUGGCCAACGGGACUGUCAUCGUCGUCUUCUAUGAGUACUUGCCUCAACGAACGGCUGCUCUGGCAUUCGUCGCCCUGUUCGCGCUGGCGACGAUCGUCCAGCUCGUUUAUCUUUUUGUGCUGCGUCCGAGACCGUGGUAUUUCAUCCCUUUCAUCCUCGGCGGAAUCGCCGAAACAUUCGGAUACUACGGACGCAGCGAAUCGCACAAGGACCCUCGAUCACUCGGCCCCUGGAUCAUGCAGAACCUUUUGCUUCUAGCGGCGCCGCCGUUCCUCGCCGCAACUGUAUACAUGAUCUUCCGACGACUAACAAACGCGCUGGACGCGAACAAGUUGUCAUUCAUCAGUCCUCGAUGGCUCACCAAGAUUUAUGUUCUGAUUGACAUUGCAUGCAUCGCGUCGCAGUUCGCGGGCUCGGUCAUACCGGCAUCAGGGGAUCCAGCUGCCAUUGAGCUCAGCAAACAUAUCAUCCUGGGUGGCCUGAUUGUGCAGCUCGUUGCCCUUGCUUUGUUCAUCUUGUUCUGUUGGCAGGUCCACCAUCGGUUGAGCAAUACGGCGACGGAGAAAGUGCUGCGCUUCAAGUAUUCUAAUGUGCGCUGGCAAAUGCAUUUCGGGGCAUUGGAGCUGGCCACGGCAUUGUUGCUCGUGCGAAGCUUGGUCCGCAUGAUCGAAUAUGUGCAGGGUUCCUCGGGCUUCAUUGCUUCCCACGAAGUUUUUAUCUAUGUAUUUGAUGCGGUCCCGAUGGUCUUGUUGAUGGCGGUAUUUGGCAUCUUACAUCCUCAGAGAUUGGUGAGGGAUGCACACCGUCCGAGAGAUGCCCAAGAACUGUGUCCAUUGGGUGACUGA